AUGUCUUUACGAUCAACCCUCCUCUCGAAAUGGAUCCGACCCAGUGAGAUCCUCAGAAGGACCACUUUCAAUAAUAUCCCCCGCGCAUCACGCCCCAUCUUCGCGCAAACACGAACCUUCAUAACAGCACCGCGGCUUUCAACCCGACCCAAACCAAGCUCAUUGCUACCAAAGCAACGAUUUAAUCGCCGCUACAACUCCGGCUCAGCCGGCAAUAGUCAUGGACAAGCCCAAGCUGAGAAAGCGUCUCUAUCAGAUCGAUUGAAGAAGCUGUCUAGGGAGUAUGGAUGGACCGCACUGGGUGUGUACCUUGCGCUGUCGGCGCUUGAUUUCCCAUUCUGCUUUGCAGCAGUGCGAUUGCUAGGCGUUGAUCGAAUUGGACAUUACGAACAUGUUGUUGUUGAGUUUGUGAAGGAUAAAUUCAAGGCUGUUUGGCCAACCACUGAAGGGUCAGAAGACGGACAAGGAAACUUGGCCCAGGCCGAAGAAAGGAAUCAGGAUGAGGCCAGUAUUUGGACCCAGUUGGUAUUUGCGUAUGCUAUUCACAAGAGCUUCAUCUUCAUCCGAGUCCCCUUGACAGCGGCAGUUCUGCCCAAAGUUGUAAAGACGCUACGGGGAUGGGGAUGGAACAUUGGUAAACGGAAGCCGAAGAGUACCUGA